AUGGGUGGGCUUCGCGCAGUCGAGGAUAGACCAACUCCAAAGGAGGUAUACAAUUUUCGUCUCUACUAUGAGGCCAUUAUUAUAGCAACCGGGUCUUUGCUAUUUGGCUACGACUCUGCCUUUGUGGGAACGACAAUUGCUCGCGAGAGUUUUAUGAAUGAUUUCAACAUUACCUCUGCUACUGCAGAUAGCAUUUCGAGCAAUAUAACAUCUGCCUUUCAAGCUGGUGCCUUUUUCGGGUCUCUUUUUUCUUUCUUCAUUACUGAACGCGUCGGCCGCAAAUGGGCACUCCAAAUCAGUGUUUCAGUCUUUAUUAUUGGCGCCGUGUUGAUGACGGCUACAACCGGCCAACUUGGGAUGAUUUAUGCUGGGCGAGUUUUGACUGGCCUCGGUUGCGGUGGCAUCACAGCAGGUGUCCCCAGCUACAUUGCCGAACUUUCAAUUCCCUCAAUCCGUGGAAUCCUGACUGGGUUCUUUGAAGUCGCUUACCAGAUCGGUUCGGUGAUUGGGUUUUGGAUCAACUAUGGCAUCAGCCAGCACAUGGAUCAGUCCAAGGCUGCCACAUGGAGGAUCCCGAUGGGAUGGCAAUUAAUCCCGGCCGGUCUCUUGUUAAUGGGCGGAUUUUUUCUCCACGAGAGUCCUCUUUGGCUGAUGCGGAAGGACCGGGAAGAAGAAGCUCUGGCAGUUCUUCGGGAAUUGAGGCAUCUCCCAGUUGACCACCAAUAUAUCCAAGAAGAGGUUGCAAUGAUGCGCAACAGACUGGAAGAAGAAGAAGCUAUCUCUACCCGCUAUGGAUCCGGACGAUGGGCUUUUAUCCGAGGUGCCAUCAAUGAACUGUCUCAAAAGGGCAUGAGAAAUCGUGUUUUUCUUGUUUUCUGUGCCUUUACUCUUGCCAACAUGUCUGGCGCCUCUGCAAUCAACUACUACUCGCCUACGUUGUUUAAAUCACUAGGUAUCACCGAUGUUUCGCUUUAUACUGGUAUCUACGGUCUGGUAAAAGCUAUUGCAUCGAUCAUAUUCUAUACCUUCCUCAUUGACUUCCUGGGACGCCGUUCCCCCGUCAUCGUUUCGUCUAUCAUAUGCUCCCUAUGUCUCUGGUUUGUCGGUGCAUAUGUCAAGGUCGGACAUCCAGCCACGGUCAUCGAUGCCGGUGAAGCCCUCUCUCCUUCCACUGCUGCCGGCGGUAAGGCAGCUGUUGGCAUGAUUAUGAUUUACGCCAUCUUCUGGUCCUUUGGCCUAAACGGUGUUCCCUGGAUUGUAUCUGCUGAGAUUUUCCCUGGUGCUCUACGAAACGUGUCCGGCACGUAUGCAUCUCUAGUUCAAUGGGCAACUCAGUUCGCCAUGACAAAAGCCUUGCCGUAUAUUUUCAAUUCAUUUGGCUACGGAACAUGGUUCUUUUUCGCCUCGUGGAUGUUUCUUGCCACUGUGUGGUCCUUCUUCCUAUUGCCCGAGACCAAGGGACUUACGAUUGAACAGAUGGAUAAAAUUUUCGGCUAUGAGCAUGCACCAGGCCAUGGCGCAUUGGUCGGGCCUAAGGUACUGUUGGACCUUGAGGACAGGAAGGAUUCGCCUGGGCAGCAUUUUGAGGAUGUAUGA